AUGGCAGUCCUCGUCCAGACUUUGGUGGUGCAAGAAGGGAAGGUGCUCCUUGGACGCUGGAAACCCGGCUCGGGUGCCUUUGCUGGCCGUGUCACGGCCCUCCUCGGUGCCGCCACAGACCCAGGAGUGUCGCCCGAAGCUGCAGCGGUCUCAACAGCAGCGGCACUGGGAGGUUCUCUGAAGAUGACUCGCCUGAGGCGCAGGGGCCUAUUCGGUUUUCAGGAGUUGGACUCCAGUCACGAGUCCGCACAAGCACUCGGCGAGCAGUACAUGGAGCAUCAGAUGCUUUACCGACUGCAAGCCUCCGAGCACUUCCAGCUUGCACCCAGCGAUCGGUUUGAGCCGAUUGGAUGGUUUGGUCAAGGUGAGAUUCCGUUUGAUGAGAUGCCUGAAGACGACAAGAUUUGGUACGACCGAGUGCUGUUCCGCGACCACUUGCUGCGUGGAAGCUUCAAAUUUCGAGGCACCGCUUUGCUGGAGCACGACCUCGAAGAAGUCUCGCCGGCACAAGGCCUUUGCCAAACAGAUCCUGUCGGGGAGGCCCUGCCAAGUGGAGAGGAGGAGGCACCGCUCUUGAUCUCCAAUCCCAGCUGCUCCAAGAGCCGGGCUCUGCAGGAGGCAUUGGAUGCGGCUGGCGUGAAGUACCGCGAUCGAUUCUACUUGCAGGCCCCUUUGAGUCUCAGCGAGUUGGAGACCUUGUCGUCUCGCUUGGAGGUGAGGGAGGGAUCGGCUGCAGGUGCACUCUGCCGCGACACUGGGCUUGUCGAAGCUUCGGCGGAAGAACACAUCCUCGAGGCUGUGGCAGACAAUGCCGAGCUUCUGCAGCGACCAGUUCUUGUGAAAGGCCGGCGCGCGGCCCUUGGUCGUCCGUCUCCGGAGGAUGCCAUGAGAUUGCUUUGA